AUGGACUGGAUUGGAUGUAUCUGUGCUGGAUUGGACCAUCAACACCUUCAACUGUCAAGUUUCAGCUAUAAAUCAAUACCAACAUUCGAGUUUGGCAAAGCUUUAAUCUAUUUCAAGCCAACAGGCAGAAUUGGAACCUCUUCAGUCUGGAAGGGGCAGAAGUGGCUGGAUUUGAUGAUUACUAAGCUGGAACUGCACUUUAGUAUUUGUUCUACUUGA